CUCCUACACUCCUCUAGACUCGGGCCUCCCACUCCUCCUCCUGCUUCAAUCACCCGUGGAGAUAGCUCGCCGCGCCGUGGAUCGUGGAUCGCAGCAAGUCCCAUCGGCCUUGUCUGCGUUUAAAGAUCUGACACGAACCACCAAUCUCCUGCUUGUUUUACCCUCGUUACCGGUAGGGCUUAACUAGAUGGUGGGCGAAAGAGCUGAGCGCCGUGCAUAUAAUACACCUUUGAGGGCUGAAACCAUUCGACCCGUCUGUCUCUGGACCAUCUUACGGCCGCAAAAAUGAGCAAAUGGCCUCUUGCUGAGCACUGUGCUAUGCGGGCACUGAUACUUCAAGACCAAGCCGGCCAAUCGUUAAGUUGAAUACCUACGGCUCCCAUUCAGACGGAGACCACUGUCUUCUCUGCACGGUAUCAACACGAUUUUCACCUGCCUCAAGGACGGACUCUGUGCUUAAGAAACCACGAGCCAAAUGCCUCUCGCGUGCCCGGACAACGUUUUCAUCACGUACAGCAAUCCCUCCGAACUGAAGAGCAGACAGAACCGCCGUGCUGUCUCGUCGUUCGCCUCGAAGAGCUACCGGCCGACCUCUAAGCGUAUUGUGCUGGACCGGACGCACUAUCGUCCGUUUGUGCGACGAUCCGAUGGAGAGACACCGCCGCCCACAGGGCCAAAAACGAAAAGGAAAACACCUCCGAGCGGGAGGCCAGAGCCUGCCUCGACGACCUCGAAAGUGACCUCCCCUCCUCGAGAAACCCAGCCUCGGGAUGAUUGCGUACUGGGAAGCCCCAUGGCGGACCCCUUCACCACGUACCCUAUCAGCCACGCACCUUACGUACCAUUUCUGGUAGAUUAUUUCAUCCGGUUUCUCACUCCACGGUUCAGUCCUGCACUUGCAGUCGAGACCAGCCGCUAUCUCAUUUGGUUCAACGUGGCGCUGCAGAAUGCCGAGCUGUUCCACGCGCUGAUCGCCUUGAGUCAAGUGUACUACAACAUCGACGUCAAGGGGUUCGGCAACACCCACUGGACGGCGUUGUACCACCGGGGUGAAGCAUUGAAGCAGCUCAGGCACAAGGUGGAGACGGCUAAGAACGCGGACGAUGAUGCUGCCAUCUUGACCGCCCUGUGGUUGAUGGAUGUCGAUGUGGCGCAUGGCGAUCUACAUGCUUAUUCAAUGCACAAGCGGGCUAAAGAGAGAAUGGUGUGGACCAGAGGUGGGAUCAGGAAGCUGAGCGCCGAGCUGCAGGACGAGCUGUUGAAGAGCGAAUUCUUCUUGCCGCUUCUCCUGCACGGCAGGUUCGUGUGCGAACUCACCGACCAGGACGAUGUUCUGGUCAGAUUCAAAGAAGACCGUCCCGUCAAGCCGGCACAAUUAGGAGGAUUCCAGGGACUCUUCUCCGUGAUAGCCAGUAAAGGUCUCAUCACAUCCCAGGCCGUCGAGAUCCUUCAGCGGAUCUUCAGGCAACUUUCGAGGGAGCCGCAUUUCCUCCGCAAUGGCAGUAAACGGAAAGGAGACGAUGAGGAUGAGGACAAAGGCUCGCCACUGCCGCAGCCCGUCGACCAAGCGUUCAACGAAAUGAGUCGAGUCCUCCGCAUUACUGAGGAAGUUGGUCCACAAUCGCUGCACCACAGACUCCUCCUCGCCCUGCUGGUCUAUAUCUUCAACUUCCAUAAUCAACCACAACUACUGCCUCCGGUGAAGACACCAUCUGCCUCCUCGUCAUUGUCCUCGUCGUCUUCUUCCGCUGGUAUCACCACCAAGACCCGCCAUCCCUAUCUGGACAUCUUAUCGAACGUGGCCCUCGAGCUAUCCCAGCCCAGCAACCCAAGCGACCCUCACUCCGUCACCGAGCGCGAAGUCACGCUGUGGACCAUGGUGGCGAUCGCGUCCGCGUCGAGCUUCAGUCCGUGGCGGCUCGAGAUCCCGUUCAUGGGACACCUGAUUGAAUGGAUGGAGAAGGAUGAAGAUGAAGACGAGGAGGAAAUGGGUGGCGACAACACGAACGUAGUGGUAUUUUCUCAACCAGAUACGAGCGGUCGAGACGGCGGCAGUGAAGCCCAGACGACGACCUCCAUACCACGGCCCGGGAGUGGCGACAGAGGAGGCGGCGGCAAGAACCUGGAGCAACUCACGGCGUGCCUGAGAGGGUAUUACCUGUACGGGGCAGACAAAAAGACGCUGCGGAGUCUGCAGAAAUGGGCAGCCACAGAGCCGGUACCGACACACCAUCCUCCCACAUGAGCAUGGCAUGGCAUGGCACGAGUUUGACCGUCGCCGAGGCGAGAUAUGAAGCCAAGAAGCGGGAACCGCAUUGUGCAUCCGUCUCUUCUAUACGACUCACCCUGCCACGCUGGAGAUGCUCGUCGGAUCAGCAGUCCAGUCCAGUCCAGCCUAGUCCAGCCUAGUCCAGCAAUGACGCCCUCAUUUCACUCCCUCCUUCCAUCCGCCUAGGUUACAGAGGAUGAGAAAAGCGAGCUGGAGGAGAUAGAAAGAAGAGAAAGCUCCUCGGUCGAACCAAAGAGAUACGAAUAACGAUAAGAUAACCCAGACCCAGACCCAGACCCAGACCCGUCCACGAACCCGAGCGUUCAUUCCUAGGAGAUCGCAUAACAUAUACUUUCACAAUGACCCAGGUCUAUAUACCACGAACCCAAAUUCCGGAUCUGCACAUGCGUAUGCGUGUGGGUAUGCGUAUGAUACGUGCUCCGAACCGAGUAUCGAGAUCCACGUUAUAGCCUCUUGUCCUUUUUCUGCUCUCUCUAUACCAUGUAAUCGGACAGGGCACUACUUGUCUGAUCUUGUCGACCUUUGUUCUUCUUUGGUCUGUGCUCCGAUCACCUCUGUACCUCCGUAGCGAUCGAUCUAUCUACCUAUCUAUCUAGCUAAUUAGCACAUGCUAUACGAGCC